AUGGCUUCCAAAAAUCUCAGCCACAGUGUGCAGAGGGAGCGUCCGAACGAGGCUGCUGAGGACACUGCCGUUGGCGAUGUCAACGUUGCGCCUCGUCCACCGACGCCGAUCACGACCGACGCGACAAGCAGUCGCCAAAGUAUCACCAAGAACAAGUUCGAUAACCAUGGGUCCAUGACAGACAAGGAAGCCUUCACCUCUGCAGAAGUCUGUACGACUGCUGCGUCUCAAGACUACAACGAUAGUGUUUCCCAGGGCCGCUGGAAGACUUUCGUAGCUACGCAUCGCUCGAAGACAAGCCUGAUCGUCCAAGUAUUCGUCUGGCUCGUGUUCACGGCAUGGUGGAUUACAGGCCUCGUCUUGCAUCGACACGAUUACGGGUGGUUGAUCCCGUUUCUACUCUACCUUUGUAUCACGCUGCGAAUUAUUUUCAACUUCGUUCCAAUCAGCGUUGUAAUGCGUCCAGUCCGCUGGAUAUACAACAACACAGCAGUCAAAGUCUAUGAACAGAUUCCUCCUAAAUACCGUGAGUGGCUUGCGGCACUAGGCACUCUUGCAAUAGUCUGCAUCGGCGCCUUCGUGCCCGCCGAGUCAUUGGACAAUACACGCGCCAACCGAGCAAUAUCAAUCGCUGGUCUGAUCAUCUUCAUCGGCAUUUUAUACGCCUCAUCGAACAAUCGCAGCAGGAUUCCUUGGCACACUGUCAUUGGCGGAGAACUCUGUCAGUUCAUCAUCGCUGUGUUUGUCCUCAAGACCACAGCUGGGUAUGAUAUCUUCAAUUUCAUAUCCUUUCUGGCACGCGCCUUCUUGGGCUAUGCUGGGGAUGGCUUGGCAUUUCUCACGGACGAGGAUGCGCUCACCCUAGGUUGGUUCAUCACUGGAGUCCUUCCAGCUAUCAUCUUCUUCAUCGCCGUCACGCAGUGUUUAUACCACCUCAAAAUACUGCAGUGGCUGGUCAUCAAGUUCGCCAGCUUUUUCUUCUGGACCUUGAGGGUAUCAGGAGCCGAAGCUGUUGUGGCUGCAGCGUCACCUUUCCUGGGCCAGGGCGAAUCAGCCAUCCUCAUCAGACCAUACAUUCCAUACCUGACCAAGGCCGAGAUCCAUCAAAUUAUGUGCUCUGGCUUUGCGACUAUCGCAGGAUCGGUCUUGGCUGGGUACAUCUCGCUUGGUCUAAAUCCUCAAGUGUUAGUGUCUUCUUGCAUCAUGUCAAUCCCGGCUUCGUUGGCAGUGUCGAAACUCAGAUAUCCGGAGACGGAGGACACGCUCACAUCGGGCCAUGUAUCGAUUCCGGAGGACGAGGAAGAGAAGUCCGCCAAUGUCCUGCACGCCUUCACAAAGGGCAGCUGGCUCGGCAUCAAGAUCGGAGGUGCGAUUGUCGCUGUGCUACUCUCCAUUGUUGCACUGGUUGCGCUCGUCAAUGGCUUGUUAGGCUGGUGGGGCAAGUACUUGAACAUCACCCAGGACGGCGAACCAUACCUUUCCCUCCAACUCCUGCUAGGCUACAUCUGCUACCCAAUCGCUUUCCUCAUCGGCAUUCCCCGCGCAGACCUCCGCCAAGUUGGGGAAUUGAUUGGCAUCAAAGUCAUCACCAACGAAUAUGUCGCGUUCAAAGCGCUUACAACUGAGGCGCGAUAUUUGGCGAUGAGUCCGAGGAGUCAGACUAUUGCUACUUAUGCGCUCUGUGGAUUUGGGAACAUCGGCUCCCUGGGGGUGCAGAUUGGUGUCCUCUCUCAACUCGCGCCUGGCAGAAUCGCAGAUGUGUCCCGUGUAGCUGUAUCAGCGCUUUUUUCUGGCAUCCUAUCGACACUGACUUCCGCGUCGAUCGCCGGCAUGCUUCUCACAAAUCAGAUAUAG